AAAAACAUCAACACGUGUGAUUUGUUUCUAAGAAAAUACGGAAAAUCUCACAGAAAAACUUAUUUUUAAUUGAGAAAAAACAUACAGGAAGUACAGAAAGCAAGUAUGUCAGAUGCAGAAGAUGAUGCCGUGUACAUUUUCCCUGGAGAAGAGCUGAAGGAAGCAAUGGAAGCGAGUGCGAGGAAGAAAAUCAUCAUUGGUCCGGGACUUCGUGGGAAAUUCCGGGAAAAUCGCGUUGUAGCCUCACGUGGGGGUCAGGUACGGAAGAAGAAGAACACCACAUUCUGGCUAAAUAGUCACCAGAAACGCUAUGUGCCGGCAAAAGGGGACACUGUGAUUGGGUACGUCACGGGGAAGUCUACAGAAACCUUCCGGGUGGAUAUUGGGGCCAGUGAAGCCGCCUCCCUGUCGUACCUCGCCUUCGAAGGGGCCACAAAACGCAAUCGACCCGAAGUCAAUGUUGGGGACAUCCUCUUUGGACGCCUCCUGGUUGCCAGUGGGGAAUUUGAACCGGAACUCGUGUGCCUGGAUAGCUCAGGGCUGAAAAAGGAUCGUUUUGGGGUACUUCCGGUGGAUGGAUUUGUCUUUGAGUGCAGCAUAAACUUGUGCCGGAAGAUGCUGGAUGAUAAAUUUCCCCUAACACGGGCCCUGGCCAAGGAUUAUCGCUUUGAAAUGGCCGUUGGGAUCAAUGGGAGGAUUUGGAUACGCGGGCAUACGCCCAGGCAGACAAUUGGCCUCAGUCAUGCCAUCCUAGGGGUGCAGCACAUCCCUAAGCAUCAGCUUGAUGACUACUGCAGGAAUAUCGUUGGGGAAUUGGCGGGAUUUUGAGGGAAUUCCUGAAGCUCUAGCUGAAAUCCCGGCUGUCCUGACAAGUUUCUCAUUCAUUUCCUUACAAAUUCCCUUCCGUGUAAUAGAUAAGGUACCAAUAAAUUAUUCUUUUAUGAAAAUUCA